AUGGAGAUGAAGACCCAGGAUCAGGAGAUGCUGUUGAAACACCGGGAAUGUCUGAAGAGGCAAAGAGAAGCGGUGAAGUUCCGAAUGAAGAAAUUGAGCACAAAGCAAACUGAAAUCGCUAAAAAGUCAUCAGCAAUGAGGGAGAGUAUAAGGAAGAAGUAUGAAGACAUCCAGAGGGUUCUGGAUGAGGACCUGGCGAUGACUCUAACCCACCUGGAGAUGGAGGAGAGAGCUGCAGUCACAGCCCUGGAGGACCUGAUGGAGAAGAACUGCACCAUCAUUCAGGAGAUAGAGCAGGAUCUGGCCAGGCUCACAGCUGAGCUGGCCCAGAAGGACAUUCUACUGCCCUAUUCACUGGACACUGAGAUAGUUGGCAGAGUGAUAGAUCUGCUGAACAGGACAGAUCCCAGCAAAGUGAACUUGGAUGAGCCUAAAGCUGACCAGAUCCUCAGCCUCACCAACAACAUGCUGCUACUCAUACGUUCCCAGACCCCCAUCACCAAGAGACUCAUCAAGAGCUAUUCCACAGAGGUUUCCCUGGACCCAGAGACAGCGCACCCAAAGCUGAUCAUUUCCCCGCGCGGUGACAGUGCCACCUACACAGACACCUGGCAGGAACUACCAGAGCUCCCGGGCCGCUUUGACACCACCCUCAACGUGAUCAGCCUGCAGGGCUUCAGCUCUGGGCGUCACUACUGGGAGAUAGACGUGGCUGGUAAGACGUACUGGGAGCUGGGCCUCACCUACCCCACCAUCUCCCGCAAGGGCCGCGCUGAGGACUGCUGGCUGGGCCGCGGCUCUGACUCCUGGGCCGUGGAGUUCUUUGAUGGGGAGUACACAGCCUGGCACAGUGGGGUGCCCCACCAGCUGCCUGUCACAAAACACUUCAGCCGUAUUGGGGUGCUAUGUAGUUUCCCAGCGGGCCUGGUGUCUUUCCUGGGGGCGGACAGUAUGACCCCUCUGUUCUCGUUCUGCGCAGGGGCUUUCAGGGACUGUCUCCACCUGGCGUUGUGCUCAGGUCACGAUCACAAUGGUACAAACACCAAACCCAUUGUGAUCUGUAACGCACCUCCACCUCCUAGUGCUUUCCAGAAUGAUUCCUCCUCGUGA